AUGUUGCCCGUAGCACUGGUGUUAUUUGUCGCUCAGAGCGCAUUCGCCGCACCAUCAGUGGUGGGCGUCCAAUUCAAAGAUUUCAACGAGAUCGCUCCAGUUCCUGACAAUGGCAAUCUAGUAUCAAGUUUCGUCACUGACGGUUCAUUCGGUUACAUCGAUGGCGGCGAUACCCCUCUUUACGCACAAAUGCUCAUACAAUCCAUCAAUGACCUGGCGAACAGACGCGACUCUGCUUCCCAGGCAGCUGCUGUUGUCCAAACUAUUAGCACAAUCGGUGAGCUCGCUAACGGCGUCCCUGGUGAUGCUUGUGAGGCAGCUGCUCUCAUAAACGCCUACGCGAACUUCGUCAGCACUGGCAACAGAGCCGGUCUUCGCUCCGCACUCGUCAACUACGUGCAACGCGUGGCUGGAUACGUAGACACCAUCGUCCAGCUCGUCGUCAACCCCAACAGCGUCCGUUACUCGAGUGGUCCAAGAGGGAAAUGCCUGGGUGGUGGAAGAUCCUACCAAUUUGAAGAAACUUGGGACGCUAUCCUUGACAAAUCCAAUGCUUACCAAAUCGACCUCGUGAAUGAGGAGUACUGUGCCUCCAAGCGUCUGUACAACGCGUUGAACAUCCGCAGCAACAACCUGGCCGCUGCUGUCACCGCCUCCUCCACCGCCCCAGUUAUCCAGAUCAUACAAAACGCGCUCGCACCACUUGCACAAUUCUUGAGAGUAGUCGCUAAAGGUGGAAACCCAGUUCAAGCAGGAGCCACCGCCAAAGUCGCUCUUCUUGAAUCACUCUCCAAAAUGAAGUACUGAGUGAAUC